GGGUGAAAGAACUUUACAAAUGUUGCUUUUAUUUUAUUUGCACAAACAUAUUCUUGAUAAACAAUAAAGAAAUGAAUAUGCAUUAUAAAAUUAGAUCAUAACAAACAUUAAAUUAUCGUUUUCAGAAAUAAUAUUUACAAACCAAAACAACAAUAAUUUUAUAACCAUGUCCCCUUAAUUUUUUUGGUUGUAAUUAAAUAUUAUAAAUAGCUAGAAAUCCAGCAAGUUGAUGGCUAGUAUUCGUUUAAAACCAUUGAACUCGCUUUUAAAAUAUUGAGGUUGAAGAUAAAAUUAUGGCAAUUGUGAAUGACAUUUUAGUUUUUCUCAGUUUAGUUUUGUUUUUUCGUUGGUGUUACGAUAUUUACAAGAAAAACAGGCAAUUGAGGCAUAUUCCCGGACCACUUCCCAUACCUUUCAUCGGGGUGAAAUUACCACGAAAUAUUUACGAAAUAACACACUUUUUCGAUGGGCUCAUAGAACAAUACGGAAACACCUUUAAAUAUUACCUGGGCAACACUUUAGUGGUUGCAACAUGCGAUGCGGAUUUAAUACAAGCCAUCGUACAGUCUUCGAAACACAUACAAAAAUCCCGUUUGUACGACAUAAGCAGAAUAUGGUUAAAAGACGGAUUAAUUGUAAGCACUGGGGAUAAAUGGAGGCAAAGGAGGAAAUUAUUGAACCCCAGUUUUCACGUUUCCAUCCUGAAAGAAUUUUUCGCAGUUUUCAAAGACAACUCCAACAAAAUCGUGGCCAGUUUGGAGCAAGAAGCAGCCAAAGAAAAACCAAUAGACGUCGGACCAUUCCUUGCAAAAUUCGCAGCAGAUGUAAUCGCAGAAUCUUCAUUCGGUAGUAAACUCGGGAUACAAGAAGGCCACAAUCCCGGCUACCUAGAAUCUUUAGAUAAAGUACUCAAGUUAAUAUCCAUGAGAAACUUCAGUCUUUGGAAAUGGAACGAUAUGCUCUACAAACUCUUUGCCAAGGAAUACUCCGAGCAGUCGAGAUGUAUAGGCAUAGUGGACUCCGUCGCCCAGAAAAUUAUAGAAAAUAAACGCGAAGAUAUCGAUCCGGAUAGCCAAACGAGAAUGAACACCAAAAAAAGGUCGGUGCUGAUCGAAGCUUUGAUGGAACACCCCGACAUCACCAACGAGGACGUGCACGAGGAAGUCAAUAAUUUCAUGUUCGCCGGAUAUGAUACCACGUCUACUUCGUUGUCAUUCCUGCUAUACGAACUCAGCCGACACCAGGAUAUCCAAGAGAAAUUAUACCAAGAAAUUAUGUUUCACAUCGAUGGGGAUAUCGGUAACCUAGAUGUCGAAAGGUUGCAAAAAAUGAAUUACUUGGAUCUGGUUUUGAAGGAAUCCUUGAGGCACAGAACGACGGUUAGUGCGAUAGAACGUCUAAUAACGGAGGAUGCUAAAUUUGGCGAUACAGUUUAUCCAAGCGGUACAGUUUUCGUAAUAUUGUUGCAUUGGCUGCACAAUAACCCCGCAUAUUACGACCAUCCGGAAAAAUUCGAUCCCGAAAGGUUCAACGUUGAAAACUCCUCGAAACGACAUCGGUUCGCAUACAUACCGUUUUCAGCAGGUCCCAGAAAUUGCAUAGGUCAAAAAUACGCCAUUUUAGAAGUAAAAACCGUCAUAGCGAAAAUCCUCUUCGAAUUUCAAAUAUUACCAGUCGAAGGCAGCGAACUUGAGGUGGUUAGCACAGGCAUAUCCAAAUCGAACAAUGGUUAUCCCAUAAAAUUACAAAGAAGACAAUAAAAGCAUUCAGUUUAUGUAUAGUAUUCGGUGCGUAGUUGUACACGGAAAAAAAUAAAUUGAUAAUUAAUACAAAUCUGGGUUUGUUACAGCGUUUCACUACAAACUACUAAAAAAAAUUGUUUCCGUUACUGAACUACCGUAACUAUGACAAACCCUGGUUAGAACUGUAACAAAGUGUACAUCCAUACAUUAACGGAACUAACGGAUACUUUUGUAAUAAAAACUAUAGAUGAAAUUUGUACUCAAACUCCAAUAGAGAAUACUUCAUCUCCAUUAGACAACAUUAAAGCUUUACUGAAUGAUUCUGUAAAGGGAAAAUACAUUUUAGCCUACUACAAUAAAGUCGGUCAUGCUGUAAAAAACUGAUCAUUUUAUCCUUUGAUUAUCAUUACCAUGCUUUUACUGUAGAGG